CACCUCUUCUGCACAGUAGCAGUAUCCACGAUGUUAAAAUGCUCAUCUCCAAGAGCUUUGCCCCGAGCGCUUUUGUCGAGGAAGAGUCUAGCUGGUGCGCUCUCGGUCUCUCGCCGAAGAAGCCUGGCAACGGCUAUUGAUCCCCUACAGAAGGACCCGGCAGAGCUCGACCAAAUAUCCACUCUUUCAAAUGGCGUGCGAGUUGCGACCGAAGCCCUGCCGGGACACUUUUCGGGUAUUGGCGUGUAUAUCGACGCCGGCUCGCGGUAUGAGAACGAGCAUUUAAGAGGUGUGAGCCACAUUAUGGAUAGGCUUGCGUUCAAAUCCACAACCAAGCGGACAAGUGAUGAGAUGCUAGAGGCGCUCGAAUCGUUGGGAGGAAAUAUACAGUGCGCCUCAUCGAGAGAAUCGCUCAUGUAUCAGUCCGCAACUUUCAACUCGGCUGUUCCUACAACAGUUGCCCUGUUGGCAGAGACAAUUCGCGACCCCCUGAUCACCGAAGAAGAGGUAGGGCAACAACUGGAGACCGCCGCCUACGAGAUUGGAGAGAUCUGGUCAAAGCCAGAACUUAUCCUGCCCGAGCUAGUACACAUGGCUGCUUACAAGGACAAUACACUGGGCAAUCCCUUACUUUGUCCCAAAGAGAGGCUUUCCCAGAUCGACAAAAGCGUGAUUGAGUCCUACAGACAAACCUUUUACAGCCCAGAAAGGAUGGUCAUUGCCUUUGCGGGAGUCCCGCACGAGCAGGCUGUGAGACUGGCCGAACAGUACUUCGGAGACAUGCCUAAAUCCGACAUCUCUCGGUGUCAGACAGGGUCCGCAACAUCAAUAGACUCAUCUUCCAGCCAAAGCAGUGAAAGCUCUUUCUCUUCAUCUUCGUCAAUACCGCCUUCGCCCCCCCAGCAACCGUCAAAACUACUUUCUCGGAUACCCUUCUUUAAAAACAUCUCCACUUCAGCAUCGAAGGACGCGUCAGUUCAGUCAUAUAACGAACUUCCGCCUUCGCCUCUGGAUAUUCUGCAACCAUCCCAUUACACUGGCGGUUUUCUUUCUCUGCCUCCUCUACCGCCUCCGGUUAACCCUUCAAUACCACCGUUGACACAUAUCCAUCUCGCUUUUGAGGCCCUACCCAUAUCAUCGGAAGAUAUUUAUGCUCUUGCAACUCUCCAGACACUCCUUGGCGGCGGUGGCUCUUUCUCUGCUGGUGGCCCUGGCAAAGGCAUGUAUUCACGACUUUACACGAAUGUUUUAAAUCAACAUGGCUGGGUAGAGUCGUGCGUGGCAUUCAAUCAUUCUUACACGGACUCAGGACUGUUUGGAAUUUCUUCCAGCUGCUCCCCUAGCAAAGCUAUGAACAUGCUCGAUGUCAUGUGUCGUGAAUUGCAAGCCCUGACACUUGAUACUGGGUUUUCCGCGUUACAGACUGCAGAAGUUAACAGGGCAAAGAAUCAGUUGAGAUCUAGUCUGUUAAUGAACCUCGAAAGCAGGAUGGUGGAACUUGAAGACCUUGGACGGCAAGUCCAGGUCCAUGGGAGGAAGGUCGGCGUAAAGGAGAUGUGCCGGAAGAUCGAGGAGUUGACUGUCCAAGAUCUUCGCAGGGUUGCGAGGAUAGUUGUUGGUGGCAUGGUGGGCAAUGCAGGAAACGGAAGUGGCGCUCCCACCGUGGUACUGCAGGAGGGCGACGAGGAGGGGAUCGUAAGAAAGACCUUGAAGUGGGAAGAAGUUCAGGACCGAAUCGACCGGUGGAAGCUGGGUCGGAGGUAAAAACAUGCAUGCUUCCACGAUGUAAGGCGGUGGCCUCGUAGGCCUGAUCAGUGGCUGCGAAGAUCAUUAUAAGACCAGAAUUUGUACAAGUACAGUUGUUGUAUAAUAUGUAUGAGCCGGCAAAAUGUAGCAUAGAAGGCGUUGGGUACUUCAUCUAUCUCAUCUGUUUCUUGGCUCUUGACCCCUGG